ACACUUUCGUCCCAUACCCAAGCAACAGCUGCUGCUGCUGCUGUCAUACCCUGGACCAAGCAUGGACAAGCUGCUGCUUUGGAUGUCUGUCUUCACCAGCCUUCUUUCAGAAGCCUUUGCUCAGACAGACCUCAAUCAGAAGGUAUUUGUGUUCCCCAGAGAAUCUGAAACUGAUUAUGUGAAGCUGAUCCCAUGGCUAGAAAAACCGCUGCAGAAUUUUACACUGUGUUUCCGAGCCUACAGUGACCUUUCCCGCUCUCAGAGUCUUUUCUCCUACAGUGUCAACAGCAGAGACAAUGAGCUACUAAUUUAUAAAGACAAAGUUGGACAAUAUAGCCUAUACAUUGGAAAUUCAAAAGUCACAGUCCGUGGUUUAGAAGAAUUCCCUUCUCCAAUACAUUUCUGUACCAGCUGGGAGUCCUCCUCUGGUAUUGCUGAAUUUUGGGUCAAUGGAAAGCCUUGGGUAAAAAAGGGUUUGCAGAAGGGAUACACUGUGAAAUCCUCACCCAGUAUUGUCCUGGGACAGGAGCAGGAUACGUAUGGAGGAGGGUUUGAUAAGACACAGUCCUUUGUGGGAGAGAUUGCAGAUUUGUACAUGUGGGACAGUGUGCUGACCCCAGAGAACAUUCAUUCUGUGGACAGAGGUUUCCCACCCAAUCCUAAUAUUUUGGAUUGGCGGGCCCUGAAUUAUGAAAUAAAUGGUUAUGUAGUCAUCAAGCCCCGUAUGUGGGACAACAAAAGCUCAUGAAAAUGAGAUGAUCAGUGUGUACGAGGUCAAGGUGGCAGAACUCACUCUAUCUGGAGUUUUUUCUUCUUUAUGAAUGUCCUGUCUACAUAUCUGCCAAAUAAAAAUCCUAUCAAAUUCUA